UGCAGCAUCAACACCAACAUCCGGUCCAGACCCCGGUGCUGCUGAGUCUCAGACCCCGUCUGUCCUUCCUCUCUUCAGCCUCGGAGACCAGGACCAGGGAGAACCAGGUGGGCUACAGCAGCAGACUGCACGCGGGCAGGAUGUUCUCUAGUCUUUCUCAGAGGAUCCAGACGGACCGGCUAAAGGCCGAAGGUCUAGGCUCGGUUCAGCAGGCCAUCAGGUACCUUAAUCAAGACUACAGGGGUCUGAGGGAGGACUGUCUGCAGAACCAAAAUCUGUUUGAGGACCCCAUGUUCCCUGCAGAACCUUCAUCGCUGGGCUUUAAGGAACUGGGACCUUUUACAGCCAAAACCAGAGGGGUGGAAUGGAAGAGACCCACGGAACUGGCAGAGACACCGGAGUUCAUAGUGGGCGGAGCCACCAGGACGGACAUCUGUCAGGGAGCGUUGGGUGACUGCUGGCUGCUCGCCGCCAUUGGCUCUCUGACUUUGAACGAGCGUCUGCUUCACCGAGUUGUUCCUCACGGUCAGAGUUUCAGCCAGGAAUACGCCGGAAUCUUCCACUUCCAGUUCUGGCAGUUUGGCGAGUGGGUGGAUGUGGUGAUCGACGACCGUCUGCCCGUUAAAGAUGGCGAGCUGGUGUUUGUCCACUCGGCUGAAGGCAGCGAGUUCUGGAGCGCUCUGCUGGAGAAAGCCUACGCCAAGUUGAACGGCUCGUACGAGGCUCUGUCAGGCGGCAGCACCACCGAAGGCUUCGAGGAUUUUACAGGUGGCGUGGCUGAGAUGUACGAGCUGAAGAAAGCUCCGAGAGAUCUCUAUCGAAUCAUCGGCAAGGCUCUGGAGAGAGGAUCGCUGCUGGGCUGCUCCAUAGACAUCACCAGCGCCUUCGACAUGGAGGCGGUGACCUUUAAGAAGCUGGUCAAAGGCCACGCCUACUCAGUGACUGGCCUCAGACAGGUGGAUUAUCGAGGCCGUCGGGAGCGUCUGAUCCGGAUCAGGAACCCAUGGGGUCAGGUGGAGUGGACGGGAGCGUGGAGCGACAACUCGUCAGAAUGGAGCGCCAUCGACUCUGCAGAGAAAGACGAGAUGCUGUGUAAGAUGGAGGAUGGAGAGUUCUGGAUGUCUUUCCAGGAGUUUCUCCGUCAGUUCUCCAGACUUGAGAUCUGUAAUCUGACGGCAGAUGCCCUCAGUCAAGACUCCACCUCCUUUUGGACCACCACCAUGUUCCAGGGCGGCUGGAGGAGAGGGAGCACAGCGGGGGGCUGCAGGAACCACCCCAACACGUUCUGGAUCAACCCUCAGUAUAAGAUCAGCCUGCUGGAGGAGGAUGAUGACCCUGAUGAUGACGAGGCUGCCUGCAGCUUCCUGGUGGCUCUGAUGCAGAAAGACCGCCGCCGCUUCCGGCGCCAAGGACAGGACAUGCACACCAUCGGGUUCGCCGUCUAUGAGAUUCCAGACGAGUACCGCGGCUCUCCUAGCGUUCACAUGAAGAAGGACUUCUUUCUGCGCCACUCAUCCUGCGCUCGCUCUGAGACGUUCAUCAACCUGCGAGAGGUGAGCGCCAGGCUCCGCCUCCCACCUGGAGAGUACCUGAUCGUCCCGUCCACCUUUGAGCCGUCGAAGGAGGCGGACUUUGUCUUGAGGGUGUUCACGGAGAAACAGUCGGAGACCGAGGAGAUGGACGAUGACGUGGUGGCAAACUUUGAAGAAGAGGAGGAAGUGUCAGAGAGCGACGUGGACGACUCGUUCAGGUCGAUGUUUGCUCAGCUGUCUGGAGACGACAUGGAGAUCUCAGUCAGAGAGCUCAGGACCAUCCUCAACAGAGUCGUCUCCAAACACAGAGACCUGCAGACUGAUGGCUUCAGUAUGGAGUCAUGCAGAGCCAUGGUCAGCCUCAUGGACAAAGACGGCAGCGCCCGGCUCGGUCUGCUAGAGUUUCAGCUUCUCUGGAACAAGAUCAGGAAGUGGCUGGGGAUCUUCAGGGAGUUUGACCUGGAUAAAUCCGGCUGUAUGAGCUCCUAUGAGAUGCGUCUGGCCUUGGAGAACGGAGGCUUCAAACUCAACAACAAGCUGUAUCAGAUGCUGGUCGCUCGCUACGCCGACAACGAGGUGAUCGACUUCGACAACUUCACCUGCUGCCUGGUCAAACUGGAGGCCAUGUUCAAGACGUUCCAGGAACUGGAUCGAGAUGGGACGGGGCGCGCAGAGAUGAACAUUGUGGAGUGGCUCUGUGUGACCAUGUGUGGCUGAACAACAAGAACGGGAUCUUCAAAAGUGCCUCCAACAAGAAGAAACCAGGAACCAAAAAACCACAACAGAACAACUGCAGAGAACAAAAACAGAACUACAACAGAACCACAACAGGACUACUAAACUGCAGUACACAAAACUACUUCAGCACUACUACAGUACCAUGCUGACAUCAUCGUCGUCUUCCAGCCUCUUUAACGAUGAUCACUGCUGUUAGAACCAGUCAGUCUAAACCUUAACCCACAAACAUGUCUGCUUUAGUAUCUGAGUCACCACCAGCUAUGGUGGUUGAUUGAUUGAAGAGUGAUGUAUCUGGAUCAGUUAGUGAAAAAAUACUGAAACUACAGUUGAGUUUCUGACAGCAGGGAUCAUCAGAACCAUCAGGGACAUCCUAUUACAGUCCUCCAUCAUACCUACAGUAAAACUACAGUAAUACUACAAUAAAACUACAGUAAUACUACAAUAAAACUACAGUAAUACUACAAUAAAACUACAGUAAUACUACAGUAAUACUACAA